GGGGAAGGAGCGGCGCGGCUCAUGCCCGCCCCGGAGCGCGGCGCUCGGAGCGAGCCAGGUCCUGCUAGCGAGUCAUGAUGGUUGAAUCUGCCUCGGAGACGAUCCGCUCCACGCCCUCGGCGCAGAACGGGGUGAGCAGCCUCAGCAACCAGCCCGAUGGUGGCGGCGGCGGCAGCGGGGGCGGCCCCGGGGGCGGCAGCCGCGACGGAGCCGCCGGAGCUGAGGCCAACGGAGAGAUGAGCCCCGUGGAGCUCCUGCACUUCCAGCAGCAGCAGGCUCUGCAGGUGGCUCGGCAGUUCCUGCUGCAGCAGGCCACGGGGCUCAGCUCCCCCAGCAGCAACGAGGGCAAGCAGCCGGCGGUGCAGGUCCCCGUGUCCGUGGCCAUGAUGUCCCCGCAGAUGAUCACGCCGCAGCAGAUGCAGCAGAUCCUGUCCCCGCCCCAGCUCCAGGCCCUCCUGCAGCAGCAGCAGGCGAUAAUGCUGCAACAGCUGCAGGAAUACUACAAGAAGCAGCAGGAGCAGCUUCACCUGCAGCUGUUGACCCAGCAGCAAGCCGGAAAGCAGCAACCCAAAGAGCCGUUGGGGAACAAGCAGCUGGCCUUCCAGCAGCAGCUCCUGCAGAUGCAGCAGCUCCAGCAGCAGCACCUGUUAAACCUGCAGCGCCAGGGCCUGGUGAGCCUCCCGCCGGGACAGGGCACGGUGCCCCUGCAGACCCUGCCCCAAGCUGUUUGCCCCUCAGACCUCCAGCAGCUCUGGAAGGAGGUCACGGCCGCCCAGCCCGUCGAGGACAGCAUUAAGCAGGAAGGUCUUGACCUCACCACCAACACCUCCAACUCUACCUCGUUUUCGGCCGCCAAGGUCUCGCCUCCCAUUUCCCAUCACCCUCUGCCCAAUGGACAGAGCACCAUGCACACGCCGAGAAGGGACAGCUCUUCCCACGAAGAGACCCCCGGCUCCCACCCGCUCUACGGCCACGGAGAGUGCAAGUGGCCUGGCUGCGAAACCCUCUGUGAGGACUUGGGGCAGUUUGUCAAACACCUCAACACAGAACAUGCACUUGAUGACCGAAGCACGGCCCAGUGUCGAGUCCAGAUGCAAGUGGUACAGCAGCUGGAGAUACAGCUGGCCAAGGAGAGCGAGCGUCUCCAAGCAAUGAUGGCCCAUCUUCACAUGAGACCUUCAGAGCCAAAGCCUUUCAGCCAGCCUGUAAGCCUGAACCUGGUCUCCAGUGCCACCCUCUCCAAGAGCACUUCCGACACGUUUCCCGACGGUUUACCUCAUCCCCCCACCUCGGCCACGGCGCCCAUCACCCCCCUGCGGCAGGGCCCCUCCGUCAUCAGCUCUUCCACUUUACACAACGUGGGGCCCAUCCGCAGGAGGAACUCGGAGAAGUUCUGCACCCCAAUCUCUUCAGAGCUUGCACAGAAUCACGAGUUUUACAAAAACGCCGACGUCCGGCCGCCCUUCACGUACGCCUCGCUCAUCCGGCAGGCCAUCCUGGAGACCCCCGACAGGCAGCUAACGUUGAAUGAAAUCUAUAACUGGUUCACGCGGAUGUUCGCCUACUUCCGGAGGAACACGGCCACCUGGAAGAACGCCGUCCGCCACAACCUGAGCCUGCACAAGUGCUUCGUGCGCGUGGAGAACGUCAAGGGCGCCGUGUGGACCGUGGACGAGCACGAGUACCAAAAGCGAAGGCCACCAAAGAUGACAGGGAGUCCCACCUUAGUCAAAAAUAUGAUUUCAGGACUCGGUUACGGAGCACUUAAUGCAAGUUACCAGGCUGCGCUGGCCGAGAGCAGCUUCCCCCUGCUCAACAGCCCCACCAUGAUCAACACCAGCUCGGCCAGUGCCAUGCUGCACGUGGGCCACGACGACGUCAGCAGCACCGUGGAGCAGGUCAACAGCAACGGCAGCAACAGCCCCCGCCUGUCCCCGCAGCAGUACAGCCACCCCGUGCACGUGAAGGAGGAGCCAGCCGAGGCAGAGGACGACAGCAGACCCGUGUCACUGAUGGCCACCACCAACCAGAAUGUGACGAUCCCCGACGACAGGGACCUGGAGGAGGAGCUGCCGGUGGAAGACUUGUCCUAAGGACUCCUUCCUCCUCCCCCACCGAGGGGCAAACCCUUCCCACCCUCCCGGACACGGAGACCAAGCGACGCCCUCGCCUCCCCGAGGUGACCUCGGCGUUCUCCUGGUUCUUUCAAGGCACUUCCACAAAGCAAAAGGUUUUCCUUGGGACGACGACAAUGACAAUGACAACGACGCCAACCUGUUGCUGCUGGCGCGUCCCUCGCGCCGCCACUGCCCGGGCACGGACUGGCCCCGCCACGACACGAGAGGCAAAACCCCAAGAGCUGGACUUUUCCUGCCCUCCUCCCUUGGUUAGUGACUGGUGGACGAGGAUGGUAGGUCGGUUGUCGCUGUCCGAAAUGGUCCCUCCUUCCUUCCUGCGGGGAAGCCGCCUCUGUCCCCUCUCCGCCCGCGGUGCCCGAGCCCCGGGGAGCGGUGGCAGGACCCCGCUGUCACCUCUGCGUCCCCCGGUGGGUUUUGCACUACGGAGGGGUCGUGGACCCCGCCCACGAGCUGCCCCCGCCCAGCUUUGGGGGAAGAAACGGCGGGAACGGGGCCGAAUCCUCUGGUUUGUCACGGAGCUGGGAUGGACGGGAGCCAGCGCCGUGCUGGGACGGGGUCCCCUUGUCACCUCUGCCUGGCGAGCAGAGUGACCUCGCAGCUUGGCCGCCCUCCCUGAGCCCCAGCAGUGCUGACCAUCCCCUGGUCACUGAUGGCAGCGCUGACCAUCAGUGCUGACCAUCAGUGCUGGCCAUCAGUGCUGGCCAUUAAUGCUGACCAUCCCCGUUAGUGCUGGCCAUUAAUGCUGGCCAUCAGCACUGACCAUCAUUGCUGACCAUACCUGUCAGUGCUGACCAUUAAUGCUGACCAUCAGCACUGACCAUCAGUGCUGACCAUACCUGUCAGUGCUGACCAUUAAUGCUGGCCAUCAGUGCUGACCAUACCUGUCAGUGCUGACCAUUAAUGCUGACCAUCAGCACUGACCAUCAGUGCUGACCAUACCUGUCAGUGCUGACCAUUAAUGCUGGCCAUCAGUGCUGACCAUACCUGUCAGUGCUGACCAUUAAUGCUGGCCAUCAGCGCUGACCAUCAACACUGACCAUCAGUUCUGGCCGUCAGCACUGACCACCCCAGCCGUGCUGGCAGGAGGACACCGCUUCCUCCACCGUGCGGGACGCCGGCCGCAGCGGUGCCGCCUCCCAGCCAGCAGGGAUGGCCGCUGCUCCCGUUCCAGGGAAAUCCUCCCUGUGCCACCCCCAAAGCUGGGGCAGGGCCUUGGUGGAGCAAAGGGGCAACAUCCCCACGGCUGAGCACCUGCAGGGCACCUGGGCGUCACCAAAGCUGGCGCUGGAGGAUCCCCGUGGUGGCCAAAUCUGGCCGUGGCCCCCGAGCCUGCUGCUGGUGGAGGGGGGGUAGGGAAUUCCGCUUUUCGUCUUUUCUUUUCCUCAUCCUUUUGUUUGCAUCCAGAUGGGAAGAUACCAAAAGAUUUCUAGAGACAGAAGGUCCGUAGUUCAGGUGAACAGAUGGUAUUCAUGCCAAAAAAAAAAAACAACGCAAACCCACACAAAAAAAGAAAUUAAUAAUAACGAGAACAACACAACCAAACACCCCUCUUCUCCCUGCUCUUUCUUUCUGGGGUAGUGAUGUGGGUACCCUGUGCCAGGCUCCUCCCGGGAGGCAGCGUGGCAUUCCCAGUGUCCCGUGGUGGCUUUGGGGAGCAUCACCUUCCCUGGAAUCACCCCUUUCCCUGGGAAUCACCCCCUUCCUUGGGAAUCACCCCUUUCCCUGGGAAUCACCCCCUUCCCUGGGAAUCACCCCUUUCCCUGGCACAGCCGGGCUGGCUCUGGCUGUCCUGGCACCCAGUGGGGUCGUGAGGGAUUUGCUGUCAUGGUCCUGGAGCUGCUCUGGUUUUUGGGGCAGCUCUGGGCUCUCCAGAGUGACCCCGAGGUGUCCCCCGUCCCUCUCUGUCCCCGUUAUCCCGGUGUGACAUUCCCGGGGGGCUGUGUCACUGCUGGCAUCACCGGAGCCGUGGUUUUGGGCUGCAGACGUGCCGGGCACGGAGCAGUGUGUCAGGAGGAGGUGUUACUGUCCCCACGUGUCACCUCUGUGACCCCCGAGGGGCUCCUGGCGUGUCCCCAGGGUGUCCCCAGGGUGAGCCUGGACUCUGCUCCUCCUUUUCCUUGCCCAGGUGGCUGCAGGGACCGGGGGUCCCUGUGUCCCCCUGUGUCCCCCUGUGUCCCCCCUGUGUCCCCUGUGUCCCCCCUGUGCUCCCCUGUGCCCCCGGGGGUGCCCCGGCCGGGUGGGGCUGUGCCCGGGGCUCUCCCGUGCCCGAAUCCCGGGAUUUUCCCUGCUCCCCCCGACACCCCUCUAGGUGUCACCCGUGCCCGCGGCUGGCGGUGCCGAGCGCCGGGACGGAGCGUU